ACCUUAAAAGAAAGAACCCUUUUUCUCUGUUUUCCCGCUAGCUAGCAUCGCUUUCUUUCUAUUUACUUCAACUCUGAUUCAACUCUUCAAAGCUUUAUUGCUCAGUCUUGUUCAGCUAAGAGAGUACGGAGAAAUGUCGUCGCCCUCGGUGACUUCGAGUUCCGCUUCCAAGGGAAGGAAAACGAUGACGGACCUUCAUCAUGUUCCGAAGAAAUGGACCGAGAGAGAAACGAGUCCAGAGAGGACCAAGGUUUGGACUGAACCCAAGCCCAAAACGGCAAGAAAAGUAUCCGUCGUUUACUACCUCUCCCGAAGCGGCCACCUCGAGCACCCUCACUUCAUGGAGGUUCCUCUCUCCUCACCACAAGGACUCUACCUCAAAGAUGUAAUCAAUCGCUUGAACCUGCUUCGAGGAAAAGGCAUGGCUGCAAUGUAUUCAUGGUCCGCCAAACGGAGCUACAAAAAUGGCUUCGUGUGGCACGAUUUAUCGGAGAACGAUUUCAUUUACCCGACGCAGGGGCAAGACUACAUUCUCAAAGGAUCUGAGAUUGUUGAUCAUGAUGCGAGAGCUUCCGAGACGCAGAAACCGGAGGAGGAAGAGGCUAAUUUCCCCGCGGUCGCAGUGACGCGGCGGCGCAAUCAGUCGUGGAGCUCCAUUGACAUGAACGAGUACCUUGUUUACAAGUCGGACUCGUUCGGAGACUCCGCCGGAAAAAUUGCCGCUGACGCGUCGACUCAGACGACGGACGAUAGGCGGCGGAGGAGGAGGGCGGCUAGGGAAGAGGAGAAGAGUCAGAAGAAGAAAGGAGUCGAAGACAAAGGAGAAGAAAUCACGGAAUCGGAGCAGGUCCCGCAUGCCACGUGUCAUAAUCAGAGCAUUGAGCUGAGCAGGGACGAGAUCUCGCCUCCGCCGUCGGAUUCGAGUCCGGAGACGCUUGAGACGCUGAUGAAGGCGGAUGGACGGCUGGGAUUGUGUUCUGCGAAGAUUAACAAUAAUAAUGUGACGGCUGAGAAUGGUCAUAGCGGAAGGAUGAGGGCUUCGUCGGUUCUCUUGCAGUUACUAUCGUGCGGUGCGGUGUCGUUUAAGGAGUGUGGGGCCGAGUCUGAUAAGGAUCAAGGGUUCUCAUUGGUUGGGCACUACAAAGCUCGGUUACCCCGCGGAUCAGGGAAUAAUAAUGCUAAUCAAGUGGGAAAAGAGGUAGGGACAUCGAUGGAAAUUCCAGAUUUGAACAGGGUAACAUUGGAAGAUAAGGAGUAUUUUAGUGGGAGCUUGAUUGAGACCAAGAAAGUUGAAUUCCCUGCGUUGAAGAGGUCCUCUUCUUACAAUGCAGAUAGUGGUUCCCGGUUGCAAAUCAUGGAGCAAGACGGAGACAUGGUGCGAGCAAAGUGCAUACCAAGAAAGUCCAAGACACUAUCAACAAAGAAAGAAGAUGGUUCUUCUCAACACGGUAGCAAAAGAUUUGAGGUACAAGCCACAAGUUGAAAGGAAUGAAUGAAUGUACACGAAAUGAAAUGGAACCAAAAAAAAUUUGAAUGGAAGUUAGUAGUGACAUCUGAGAGGAGAAGAUAGCUUAUUAUUAAAGAAGUGAAAAAUUUGAAAGAUUAAAUUAUUGAAGACUGUAAAAAAUGGACAAAGGUUAGGAUAAGGACUAAUCAAGUUGUAGGUGGUAGUUUAAUGGCAUAGAGCAUUGCAUUGCAAUUCGCAAGUCGAAGCAGGGAGGGCACAUACAUUGAGGGAGAGUUAGAUAAGUGAUGAAAAUGCCGAUUUGAUUUUGGAAUUUGGAAUUUGGAGGUUUUUGGUGGGGGGCAAAAGUCAGCAUUUGUAAAGCUGUAACGCUGGUCUCUGUUUCCUUUUCCUGGCGUUAUGUGGUUUUUGUGCUUUUAAAUUUGUGAGGGUAGUAAAUUUUAAUGUUAAAGAAGUACUUGUAGGCUUGUAACAUCGUUCCUUGUUAUUUGGUUGACUUUGAAAUGACAAACGAGUGGAAUGGACCCUUUCCUCAGAGGAGAUUUACAGCAUCUUAGUCUUAGGUUACUAUGAUAGAUCCACUUCAGCUUCACUUAUUUUCAGGUACACGUGAUGUGAGGGAUCGGGAGCAUGGGUUUAAAUAAAGGGGGGAAACAAGAGUUUAUAAAUACAAGAGGCUCCUCCUUUCUAGAUGAAUGUGUUGAACAAAUAAAAAUCAAACUUAAUGUUAUUGUAAGUAUGCUUUGAAA